UUAGACUCAACCAAAUUCGGAUAUCAACCUGGAACUACUUACGAGUACGAUUAUGACGUGGACACAGCGACUCUCAUCGAGGGGGCCUUCGAAGGGAAAUCCGGGAUGAAAAUGACGGCCAAAGUUCAAGUGGAAGUGUUGUCAAAAUGUGACCUUGUGCUGAAGGUCAAAAGUGUACAACUCCACGAAAGAAACCCCGAUUCCCCAGAAAACUUGAUCCUUUCAACAAUGUCCGGAGAAUUCAGCAGACAGCUGGAGGAGAACUCACUGAGAUUCUCUUUCCAAGAUGGCCGAAUUGAGUCUCUGUGUCCUGCUGAAAGUGAAAAGACCUGGGUUCUCAACAUCAAGCGAGGUAUCCUGUCAAUGAUUCAAAACACCAUGGAAGAUCUGCAGGUCGACCAAAAAGUCAGAGAGGCGGACGUGACAGGAACAUGUGAUGCCGAUUACACAGUGUCUGAAAAUGGGUGGUACACAGUGACAAUCAAGAAACACAAGAACCUCUUGGGCUGCACAGAACGCCACGGAUACCAGACAGCACUGCAAGGAACACCCUACAGAGUGCCAUCGGAAAUCCAGUCCAUGCCCGUCAUGAAGAGUAGUCACUCCUGCCAGCAGGAAAUCAGCAAAUCUGGAGUCCUGAAGGGAUCUUCAUGUACUGAACAACACGUGUUCAGACCUUUCUCACGUAACGAUAAGGGGGCCGUGACAGAAAGCAAACAGACACUGAAAUACGUAUCUGAGAAGAGCGGAGUAUCAGCAGCACGAUCUGUAAGUCGAAAAACUGAUAUGAACUUUGAGCAUCAUUAUGAUGUUGCCAGUAACAUGAAAACCCGCAAGGACAUUGAGAGACAACUAGUGAACAUUUGUGCCCAGACAACAGAAGAUGUUCGCCAAGAGACACCCCGUCUUUUCUCCGACCUUGUUUACAUCAUGAGAGCAGCUGAUUCCAAGACACUUAAGGAUGUUUAUUCCAAUGUACAGAGUGGUUCUCUCUGUAGCAACAACAACCAGAAAGUCAGAAAAUUCUUCAUGGAUGCCAUUCCCAUGGCUGGAACCUCAGCCUCCGUUGCUAUGCUGUCUAAAAUGAUCAACGACAAUGAUGUGACUGGAAUCGAAGCUGACAUGUGGUUGACAACAUUAGCCUUCAUUCCAAGCCCCACGAAAGACAUGAUCAACGAGGUUCAGCCUCUUCUAAAGAAGAAUGGUAAAGCCCUGCUGGCCGUAAGCUCCUUAGUUAACACCUACUGCAAGAACGCUGCAUGCGAGAACGACAUGGACAUCGCUAACGUCAUUUCCGCUCUGGAAGAUAAAAUUGGAUAUGGAUGCUAUGUAGAUGAAAACAACAAAGAUAAUAUUGUCUUGACUCUUCGUGCUCUUGGAAAUUCCGGCCACAUCAGUUCAGCAACUGCUACAGUUAACAGCUGUAUUUCUCGUAAAGACAAUCCAGUAGAAGUACGAAUUGCUGCUAUCGAGGCCUUCCGUCGUGCUUCCUGUGACGAUGCCAGAACUGAAGCAUUAAAGGUUUUCAAUGACAAAGAAGAAGACUCCGAAGUGCGCAUUGCUGCCUACUUGGCCCUCAUGCAAUGUCCAUCCACAAGCAUUCUCUCUACUGUUCGAUAUGCUCUUGAGAAAGAAGAAGUCAACCAAGUAGGUUCUUUUAUCUGGUCUCACCUAACGAACCUGAUGGAAUCUUCCAGUCCCCUAAAACAGGAUAUUAGAUCUAUCUUGGAGAGUGAAUACCUGAAAAAAGAAUUCAACAUGGACAAAAGAAAGUUUUCAAGAAAUUAUGAAGGAUCCUUCUUCCUUGAGAAAAUCAACACUGGGGCUUCUGUUGAAAGCAAUUUGAUCUGGUCGUCCAAAUCCUUCAUUCCACGAUCAUUGAUGGCCAAUCUGACUGUGGAUCUGUUCGGAAAAUCGGUCAAUAUUCUGGAAGUCGGAGGAAGAGUUGAAGGUCUUGAAUACUUCCUUGAAUCUUACUUUGGACCUAAUGGCUACUUCACUGAAAAAGAUGUCAAGAAAGCCACUACACAGGUCAUUAAAGGAGUUGAUACCAAGAAAAUGAAUAAAAUUGACAGUCAGUUUGGUAUGGGAAUGGAUCAACUGAAAGGAGCUCUCUACCUUCGAGUGUUUGGAAACGAACUCUCGUAUAACAGUUUCAAUGGCCUAGAAAACCUUUUGAGUGGUGAUAGCUUCAACAUUCUUGAGAUGCUGAUCAGCAUGUCUAAAAAUCACGACUACACAUUCACACAGAACAUCAUGUUUUUGGACACUUCAAUGAUCAUUCCAACAAGUGCUGGAUUUCCACUCAAUCUGACAAUCAACGGAACUGCCACGAUUGACAUGAAAGCCUCAGGAAAAGCGGACCUGCGUAAAAUGGGUACAAGUCCCAUGAGUCUUCUUAUCAGCGGAAAGAUCCAACCAAGUGCUGCAGUCGAAAUCUCGAGCAUGAUGAGCGUUGAUGCUUUCGUGACAAAGAGCGGAUUGAAGAUGGUAUCAACACUUCAUUCCAGCACAUUGCUGAAGGGUCAUGUAGAGCUUCAAGACGGAAAGAUCUUUAAUGCUAAUCUAGACAUGCCUAAAGACAAAAUGGAAAUUUUCAGUCUCAAAACUGCUUUCUUCACUCUUCAUCGUGAUGCUGAAAAAGAACAGAAAAUGAUCACAAAAAAUAGACAGACACACAAAACAUGCACUGGACUCAAGCUUGCCAAAAUCACUGGAUUGAGAUUAUGCGGAGAAAUGCAGUUUCCAAAUGCAUCUCUUGAGGCGAACGCUCCAUACUUUCCUCUUACUGGGCCAAUGAACAUGGAUCUUUCUCUGGUGAAAGAGGAUUCUCACAAAUCAUACAACGUAGAAGCCAGAUUUACAAAGACCAAGAAAGACAUUAAUAUCCGUAUGGCUUUUGACACGCCAGGAUCAAGAGUUGACAGAACUCUUUCUGCUGAAUUCUUACUUGACAAAAAAGGUUCCAAGGUCGAGUUUGGUGUACAGUCGCCAUGGACUAAAGCUGUUUUUACAGGUAAAGUCCAGGAUGAGAAAAAUCUAAAACACGUCAGUGGAAAAUUCGUCUACGGAAAGAAGGAAUACUCUGUUGUUGCAGAGGUGACAAAAUCAAGGAAAGGGAACAGUUACGAGUACAAACCCCACGUUGAAAUAUCCGCUCCUAAAAUGAAGCCAAUCCAACUUAAAGGUGGAAUCAAAUACGAAAAAAUGAAACUUUUGGAUGCUAAUUUGAUAUUAAUUGGGGCAUCCAAACAACCAAUCAAAGCGGAAGUCAACUACUCCAAGAAAAAAAUAGUGGUAUUAGCUAAAGCGAGUAUCAGCUUUGAGAAGAAGAAAGAAUACGCUAUUGAAUCCAGAGUUCAGAUGUCGGCAACAAAGAAGGCUGUGAGGUACAGGCCAUAUCUAUCCAUCAAAACACCAGAGAAGGAACUCAUUAGUUUCGGGGGAUCAGCAGAGUAUAAGACUGGAAAGGCAUUGAAAGUGGAUUUAACUGUCGACCGCAUUGUUUCAAAGCCAAUGAAACUCUUGGUGCAAAUAAGAGAUGGCAGCAACAAAAAGAGUAAAGGUAUUAGAUCCAGAGUAGACAUUAAGUCCCCAGUCUUAACCACAAAAUGGACUUCAAUGUUCAUGAUUAAAAAUCAGCAGAUAGGCAUCGUUCGCUCCACACUUGACUAUGUCAUUCCUCGAGUCAGCAGAGACAAAGUAACCCUGAAUGGUAAACUGAAUAUCCGCAACACAAAGAGCCUUGCAGCCGCAAAAGGAAACAUGGUCUUAAAUUUCAAACAACAAUCUGAUUACAACCUCAACGUCAAGUUAGACAUCAGCAAGAACUGGAAACAUUCAGAAGCUAAUGUGAUUGCAAUUUAUGGACCAAACAAGAAAGAUUUCAAAAAACGCAUCGAGAUUGACAGUAAAAUGAAUCACAUUAUCAACUGGAAACAGAAGAAAAUCAAUAUUGAUGCCAGCAGUAAAUUCAUUUUCCCAUAUUUGGGUGUGAACUACCAAAUGAAAGGAAAGCACGUACAGACCUCCAAAUCCAUCGAUUCCUCCUUGGAUGUCCUCUUUGGAAAGAAAUCCUCCUACAGUGCCACUCUAGAGGUUAAAGACAAAUCUAAGAAAUUUACAAGUAUGGUGGGUAAAUUUGGUAUUUCUAUCCCAGGUAGAGAUAUCGUCAUUAGUAAUGCAUUGGACCAAAACAAUGCCAAAAAGUACAGCAACGUCCUGACAGUUCAGCUUGAGAAUGGGAAGAAGAGCAUUAUCCAAACAACGCUGCGCAAUGUUGCUACAAAUGAGUAUGACAUCACAACCUCUUUCAACAUUCCAACAUUUGAACUGCUAACAGUUUCAGGACAAUACAGGCUUAUUCCUUCAAAUCUUCAGGCUAAUUCAGAAAUCCAAUACGGAAAGACCAAGUAUGCUAUGUCUUUAUCAUCUUUAGUCAGAAGUGGAUCGCGUAUUCAGCUUGCCGGUGAAUUGGAGUAUCCUUCUCGCAAAAUCACAGCUGAGUUUGACACUAAAAUGAAAAACCCAGUGUACUCAAGCAAACUUGAUGUCAAAUGGGAUGCAAACAAAGACCCCUCAAAACAAGUGAUGCUACAGGGAGAAUUAACCAAAGGAGAUCAAGACGUGGAAGCCACACUGUCCAAAGUAAGUCCUCUAGGAUCCGGCAGUCUUAAUUUGAAACACCAGAGCGGUGAUAAGUACACAACUCAUGCCCAUGCAAAGUGGAAUAAAGAAAUGGUUUCAAUGGACUCUACCUAUGGACAGGAAAAGAAUGGUUACAAGGCAGGUCUAAAAAUUCAAUCUCCAUUCAAAAACUUCAGAUCCAUCAAUAUUGAUUUCAGCCACCAAAAUGAUAAAACAAAGUCUUCCUCAAACAUUGACAUCGACUGGAAACCAAUGAAGCGCAUGUCUUCUACACUGUCAUUAAAGCAACCCAUGCGAUGGGACGAUAUGGAAGCUACUCUUGAUGUAAAGACGCCUAUUCCAGGAUUUGAAAGAGCAGGGGUUGAAUUAAAAAACAAAAAGUCCGACAGAGUAGAAAGUAUGAUCAAGUUCUUCUGGAACAAAGACUUUCUUCAAGCUGAUAUCCUUGCUGCAGACAAAAGUUCAGGAUCCUCUAGAGACCUCACAGGAAGGUUGAGUCUGAAAUCAACCCUAAAAGAUAUAACUUCUCUUUAUGCCGCUGUGAAACAUGUGGACAAUGGACAGAGGUUUGAAAACAGCAUUAACUUCGAGCACAAUGGAAAAGCUUACAGCUAUGAAGGGGACAUUACUCAUUUCCGAAAUGGGUUGCAUUUGCAGAACAGCGGAAAUAUCAAACUAAGGAGCCCUUCCAAUAAAGUAGAAUCCUCAUGGUCACACAGAAAUACAUUUGAAGACAUCCAAUCAAGCUUUAAGUUUGUUUCUGGAGGAAGCAACAUUGACUUUAACUUGAAUGCAAAGCAGAGCAUGUCCCUUCCACGUGGUACGAUGACUAUCAAAUCCGAAUUGCGCUCAUCAUUUGCCAUUGCUGAAGAUAUUGCCUUGGAUAUUUCACAUGAACAUGGAGUUGGCAUGAUCGAUAACCAGAUUCAUUACAUUACUAAAGGAAAGAAAGUCUUCUCCUUGAUCAACAUUUAUAAACGAAACAGUGGCAUUGCCUCCUCAACACAUACCUGCUCAUGUCAUGGAGUUACCAAGACCCUGACUGUGUCCUCACAAUAUCAAGGUUAUCCUUUAUCUGGUAAAAUUGAGUAUCUGUCCAACAAGAAAUCAAUGGCUUUGAUUGAUGGUACAUUUAGCAUUUCCCCAGUUGGAUUAAUGAGUGGAAAGUUUGAAGCAAAGAUGAGUCAUUACGAUGAAUCGAAAACACUGAAGAUUACAAUGGAUCAAUCCAACGAGCGAGGUGAAACUGUUACCAGAUCAUCUGUCGUCCUUCCUACUGGAGACACAAUCACGAUGGAAAACCGUGGACAAUGGGGCAAUAAGAAGAGUCUGAAUACAAUUCUGAACACCCCAUAUGAAAAUCUUCGCAAAAUGACCAUUGGCGCCGAGUUUUCUGGCAAUUCCAAAUCCUUCCAUACCAGCGCUAACCUGAUGAUCAGUCCACUCUUUGGGCCAAUGUCUGUUACAUCCCAGUGGAGUUCAUAUGGUGGAAUAAUUGCCAGCAUUCAGGUCAACACUCCAUUUGAACCUUACAAACAAAGCCGUAUUUCUUUUACACAUAAUGAUCAGAGGGAAAAGAAAACAACAGAAUUGAGUGUUGAAUAUUUACCAGGCAAGACAAUCAAGUUGGAGUCUACUUUGCUACCAAGUCUUGAAAACUUAGAGGGCAGCAUUGCCUUAACAACACCAUUCCAAGAACUCCCCUAUUCAGCAGCUUUAAUUCGCCAUAGUGGAAAUAGUCGCCAAUUUCAAUGCCAUGGAGAGAUUGAGUAUACUCGAGGGAAGAAGAUCCAGGGUGAUAUAACCUAUUCAAAUAACAAAAAGGUUGAGGGAACCUUAGUACUUAGGUCUCCUUUUGCUAAUGAUUUCAUCGCUGCCUUUAAUCACGAGGGAUCUCUAUCUCAAUUUUCCUCCCACGCAGAAAUGCAGUACGGGAAAUCCAAAAAAUAUGAAAUAACUGGAAACUUUGGCAAUUCAGCUGGAAAUGUAAUCAUUAAAUCUCCCCUUCAUGAAGACAUGUCUGCUUCUUUUAAACACAUGGGAAGCAUUUCUGACUUUGAUACACACAUUGACGCUUUGUAUGGCAGAGGGAAAAAGUACGAAUUGGAUGCCAAAUACCAUCAACUAUCUGGAAUGCUAAGCUUCAAAUCUCCACUCUUAAAAGAUAUGAGUGCUUCAUUUAGCCACAAAGGAGAGUUAAAUGACUUUGCGUCUACUGCUGAAUUCCAGUAUGGCAAAUCAAAGAAGUAUGAAGCAAAAAUGCAGCUUUCACUGGCUAAAUCCUCAACAGGAUCAGUUUCAUUUUCCUCUCCAUUCACAGAAGAUUUUGCGGCAUCCUUUUUACACGAAAGCCCAAUGAAAAUCACUUUUGAUGGUAAAUAUGGAAAACAUAAGGGUUCAGUCAUAUCAGCGUUUAAGAAUGCAAAGAAGAUUCUUGGGUCGUUAGAGCUUAAAGCUACCUUUUUCGACAACAUGAAAGCCGAAUUUUCCCAUGAAGGCAGUCUAAGCAAUUUCGAAACUAGUACGUCUUUCAUAAAGGGAGGAAAGGCUUUAAUCGAAGGGUCUGUGGUAUUUUCAACUGGAAAGAGAAUAACUGGCUCAGUGACAUUAAAAACACCAUUCCACAGGGAUAUUUCAGCAUCAUUCAAACACUCUGGUGAUCUUUCCAAAUUUCAGACCACUGGGAACAUAAAGAUGGACAAAAAACUACAGUAUAAAUUGAACAUUAACGCUCAAAUGAAAAAGAGAGCAAAAGCAACGAUCCAACUUGAGAACCCUUUUACGGAUCCCAUUAAGAUAACUAUGACCAAGAAAGGUAAACCAACAAAUAUGAGAAUAAUUACCAAUGCACUUAUCGGAAAAGGAAAGAAAUAUACGACUGAUAUCACCUUGAAGCGAGGAUCAACAUCUGCUGUUAUUGUAAACAUUGUCACUCCUAUACCAGGAUACAAGAAAGUAAAAGGAAUUUGGAACUUUAGUGGAAACAAGAAGAGUUUCAAAACAAGUGGUCGAGGUUCAAUUGGAAAAGAGUCCAUUGCUGCAGAUAUCAAAAUGUCUCUCAGACCAAACUUCAAGGCUGACCUUUCGGUGGAGACACCCUUUAAAGGAUACAAAAAGGCUGGUGUCAUCCUCUCUCAUCAAGGUUCACUAAAGAACUUCCAGUCCCAUGGGGAGAUUACUGUGGGAAAGAACAAACUCUACAAUGCAGAUAUUAUGUUUGCUAUAGAUCCCAAGAUCGCUACCUCUAUUGCGCUCCAAACCCCAUUCAGAAACUUUGAAAAAAGCGAAUUUUCUGUGACACAUGAUGGAUCUCUGAGAAACUUCAACAACCAGGUCAAUAUCUUAUUCCCGAAUAAAAAACGCAUUUUGUCUAGUCUCAAAGUGGACUCUCGAUCAGAUAUUUCAGUAGAGGUCUCACUCCAAACACCCUUUAAAGACUAUGAAAUGAUGCAAGGAACAUUUACCCAUAAAGGCAACUGGAAGAAUUUCCAAAUUUAUGCCGAAGGAUCUGAUGGAACCAAUAAGAAAUUGACGGGAGAAAUCGGAAUGAGCCUUCUAGAUCAAAUAUCUGGUUAUCUUAAAUUCACAAGUCCCUUUAAAUCGGCACAACUAGUAAAGGCAAGCUUAUCACACGACGGAACAUAUAACAAUUUCCGCAGUCAUGCCGAAUUUGAACUUAAUAAUGACAAAUCUGAAAUUGAUGUCAAUUUCAGUUCCCUAGUGAAACUAGAAGGGAAAGUUCUUGCCAAGUCACCAUACUUUGAAACGAUUGACGGCACCUUCGCACAUGAAAGCUCUCCCAUUUUGACUACAGCUGCAAUCAAAUAUGGAAGAAGAAGUCUGUUAGACGGAAAAUUGUCGUUGAAAUCAUCUCCUCUCCAAGGAUCUUUGUUUGUGAAUUCUAUCUACAUUAAACCACUGAGAGCCAGCGUAUCUCACUCAGGAACACAAAAAAGAUUUAACACCAACUUGGAAAUCUCUUAUGGAAAAGAAAACAUAAAAUCUAGUACAGAAUUCGACUCCACAAAUGAUAUAUCUGCUAGAACCUCAAUUACAACAACAUAUGGAAAAGUCAAAACUGUAGCUGCUUCAUUUUCACAUGUUGGAAGUCUGAACAACUUCAAAUGUCAUGCUGAGGCAUCUGCCAAUGGUGAGACUGUUGAAGGUGAUUUAGCAUUUUCAAGCAUUAACUCCCUUGAGGGAACACUGUCCAUACGCACACCAUUUGCUGAUUAUAGGGAAAGUGAUUUCCUCUUCCGACACAAUGGUGGUCUACUAAAUUUCAACAGUCAUGCUGAAUAUUCACUUGAAGGCAAAAAAUCUGAAAUUGAGUUGAACGUUGAAAUGGACAAGAGAGUUAAAAUUAUCGGAUUUGUUAAAAGACCGUCUACAAAUGAUGUCAUCUUUAAACUAACUCAUGCGGGAUCCAUCCAGAAAUUCAAGUGCGGAACUGAAUUGACAUAUGGAGGAGAAAAGAAGAUCCAAGGAAAAGUGUCCUUUGAUACAGUUCCUUCACUUUCCGUCCAAGCUUCCCUGACAUCAAAAUGUCCAGUUGUCAAGAACAUCCAGCUUUCUAUUUCACAAACUGGUGCAUCUGAAAAUUUCAACAUCAAAUCUUCAGCAAGUUUCAAUGGAAAAGAAAUAACCGGAAAUGUUGGGCUUGACCGACGCAGUGGAAUCAAUGGUUAUGCAACACUGAGAACGCCAAUCUCUGAGGAUAUCAUGGCAUCACUCAAGCACAAUGGUCCCUUAACAAACUUCCAAACUCUUGCAGAAAUUUCAUACAGUGGAAGAAAGCAAAUCGAAUUUGACGCAUCACUCGAUGCCUCAUCAUCUAUUAUCGGACAGUUAUCAUUGAAAACUCCCAUAAGUGAAAUUAAUGACAUCAAGGCUAAUUUCCGUCAUGAAGGGGAUCUAGAUAACUUCAAAACGUCAGGAUCAGUCAGUGUAUCUGGGAACGAAAAACUUUCUGGAGAUGUGUCCUAUAGUUCCAGCCCGAUAUCUGGAUCAUUCAAUAUCAGAAGCGUGCUUGGACAAUUAAAUGGAGCCUUCAAUCAUGAGCAGUCACUAAGGUCAAUGAAAUCCCAUGCUGAACUUAAUGUUGAUGGAUACAAUACCCAAAUAGAUGCCACUUACUCCAACGAUGGUAUUAAAGAAGGAUCCGUGUCUAUAUCAAGCCCAUUCUGUGGAAAUAUUGGCGCUGUUUUCACUCACGAUUACAAUGACUAUCAAAUUACAAGCAGUAUAAAAUUGCAUUCAGAAGACAAAGUUAUUGCUGCAGCAACUGAAGUUGCCUUCGUUGAUGGAGUAAGUGGGAAAGUUUCUUUGAAAACUCCAUUCAAAGGAUACGAACAACAAUCUAUUUCCGCUAAAUAUGCAUUCACUGAUGAUCUAACUGGAGAAUUUACUAUUGAUUACAAUAAUGGACAGAAGAUUGAGGGACAGAUGUCAGUAACAGGAAGAGACUCUGUAGUAGGUAAACUUAUCAUCAAAACACCCUUCGAAGGCUUCAGAGAGUCCAGUGCUGACGUAUCAUAUACCCUUUCCUCCUCAGGCCUUAAGGCAAAUGCUAAAGUCACAUUCCGUCAGCAGAGCAUUUCUUCUGAAGUUAGUUUUGCCAAGAAUCCCCUCCAAGGCAGCGUUCUUCUGAGAACACCAUUUACUGGCUUUGAAGAAUUGAAAUCUUCCUUCAACCAUGUCAGUUCUAGUUCUGGCUUCAAAAACCACAUUGAAGGAACAAUUGGAGGAAAAACAGUUCAAGCUGACACUUCCUUUAACCACAGGAAUUCAAUAAGUGCAAGUACUACGAUUAAUACCCCUAUACAGGGAAUGAGAAAACUUUCAGCCUCUUUCAACCAUGAAGUCAAAGACAGUGGUUUUUCGACCGUAGCUAAAGCAGGAAUUGAAAAAGAAGAAAUAUUAGUCGAAGCCAGUUUCAACAAAAGACCAAGUUUCACAGGCUCUCUUAAGGUUUUAACUCCUUUCUCGGGAUUUGAAGACCAAAAAUUGUCCUUCAAUUUUGAAAAGACUCUGAUGGGUUAUCAAUCGCAAGCGGAAGCUACAUAUCAGAAGAAGAAAAUCGAAGUUGCUGGUAAUAUAAAUAUCGAUACAAUCGUUGAUGGAGAUCUCCAAAUCACCACGCCAUAUUCAGGCUUUGAAAAACAGAAAAUCCAAUUCAGAGGCGAAAAUAACAAAAUACACGGUAUUUUGUCAUUUAGACAGAAAUCAGUUGAAGUUAAUGGUGAACUUUCGUCUACUCAGGGAUUCUUCUCCGUUGAGUCAACUUUCCCCGGUUUUGAAAUUCAAAGAAUAAGCUUUACGACUAAUGGCAAGAAAAUUCAUGUAGAGGGCACCUUUAGACAAAAGACCAUUGAAAUUGAUUCAUAUCUGUCUGCCAACAAAGGCAGUCUCUCGAUCAAAACACCUUUUACUUCUUACGAGAACCAGAAUGUACUGUUUACUAUUGAUGACAGAAAAGUUCAUGUAGAGGCCACUUUUAGACAAAAGACCAUUGAAAUCGAUGGAGAAAUUUCAGCCACAAAAGGUAGUCUUUCAGUUAAAACACCUUUUGCUUCUUACGAGAAUCAGAAUGUACUGUUUACCAUUGAUGACCAGAAAGCCCAUGCAGAGGCCACUUUCAGACAAAAGACCAUUGAAAUUGAUGGAGAACUUUCUGCCAACCAAGGUAGUCUCUCCAUUAAAACACCGUUCACUUCAUACGAGAGUCAAAACAUCAAGUUCUCAAAGAAGGGUUCCAAAAUGCAACUGGAGGGAACAUUCAUGGAGAAAACUGUGGAAAUGGACAUCACUUUCAAAAGAGGUAAAAAAAUGGAGGGACAAAUUGCAAUUAGAACGCCAUUCCAGGGAUAUCUUAAACAAGAAGCUUUCAUUUCUCAUGAAAUGACCAGCGAGGGUUGCCAGACACACGCCGAGAUCCUCUUCAAUCAACAAAAAUCAGAGUUUGAUCUCAAUAUUAUCAAGGGAAGGAAAAAUGGAUUUAAAGUAUCUCUAAGAACACCUUUCAAUGGCUUUGAAGAGCAGGACUUCCUUCUUGAAGUUGAACAAUCAUCCAGAGCUUUAACUGGACGCGCAGAAGGCAACUUUAAAAGAGAGAAACUUGAAGCUGAA